CUACUUGUUCUUUUGUUCGCAGCACAAAUAAAAACCAUGUCCGUCGACUUCUCUCCUGUCCGAUUCCUCCUCCGUCCAAGCCUGUAUCGAUGUACAUCACAGACUCGUACGAAUAUUAAGGCAGCAUCCUACCCGAUGGACGGUCAUCUUGCAGAGGACCGGAUCCAACAAACAGGAGGAGAAGACGCAACACUGGAGCUAAAGGACAAAUCAUCCACGUUACAAAGAGACGAGAGACAGAGAGACCAAAGCCUCUCCCCCCGCUGCACAAAGCACUGACGCAGGCAUAAGGAGAACAGCAACAUCACCACCCCCGGCAAGCCAAAACGCCCUCCCAAAUGCUUCCAUGCCAACCUUGGAUCCAACUCUAAGCUUCCCUUUGGCUAACGCAACUCCUCCCCUUGCCAUGCCUUUCAACACUUGCGAUGUUUCCUUCAUCUGUUUCUUCUUCUCCGCCGCUGUCGUCGCCGCCCAGCAAACCGAUAGCGACACCUGGACGCCGUCCAACGUGGCGGUGUCCUUUCGCCCCAGCGUCGGGAUCGUGAUCGGCAUAUUCACGUUCAUGUUCUCCCUCACCUUGCUCCUCCUCGUAUACGCCAAGUUCUGCCGAUCCGCCGCCGCCCCCGAACCCGACUCCCUCGGCGCCGACGCCGCUGGCCACGGAAGGUUAAUUCUGCCCCAGCACCGCUUCUCUGGCAUCGACAAGACCGUCAUCGAGUCCCUCCCGUUCUUCAGCUUCUCGUCGCUGCGCGGCGUCCGCGACGGCCUCGAAUGCUCCGUCUGCCUGUCCAGGUUCGACGACGCCGACGUCCUCCGCUUGCUUCCCAAGUGCAAGCACGCUUUCCACGUCGGCUGCGUCGACCGCUGGCUCGAGGCGCACUCCAGCUGCCCCCUGUGCCGGUGCAAGGUGGAGGCCGAUGACGCCGCCCUCUUCAAGUACUCCACCAGCUCCCGCUUCCUGUUCCCCUCCGACCGGCUCGAGACCAGCGGCCGCGACCUCGAGCUGUUCGUGGAGCGACAGCCCAACGACGACGGCGAUCCCCGCGGUUUCUCGAGAUUCGGCAUCGGCAGUAGCUUCCGGAAGACCGACAAGGUCACCAAGGACAAGAAGGAUCAGGACUUGCCGAUGCUCGAAGAAGGCGCCGACGGAGGCCGGUUCUUCCACAAGUUCAAGCACAAGAUCAUCGUCUCCGACGUCGUGUUCAAGAGCCGGUGGAGCGACGUGAACUCGUCCGACUUGAUUGCGUUGAACUCCGAAAUGCUAUCCGGGAAGACGUUGGCAGAUGUGUACUGGAACGUGGAGCCAACUGGCGCUGCAAGGAUCAGCGGGGGCUCAUCAGAGGGAAAAGCUUCGGUCGAUGAGAAGGUGCUCAAGAUCAAGGAAGAGAUGGAGAAGAAGAGACUGCUCGAGAUCAAAGCCAGCCAGCUGAACAAGAGCUGUUCGACGGCGCUCCCGAGCAUGUCCUCGAAUUCUGCUCACGACGCCAAUCUAAACAAUACCAAUUCGAGAGCUCUGAUUUCGUCGGGCAACAGAACAAUGUCGGAGAUCACAAACUUAUCGAGGUUCAGGCAGGUCAAAGAUCCCGGCAGCAUCGGCACGACAGAUGAGAACGAAGAUGAAAAGGUGAGGAGGCUGUGGUUGCCGAUCGCGAAGCGGACCGUUCAGUGGUUCGCCGGAAGGGAGAAGAGGUCGCCACUGGUGUAGCCAAUCUUAGCAUCAAGAUCGACUGGAUUCUCUCUGGUUUUGGUUAAAGAUAGCGACAAACACAUACACGCACCUUGUUCCCAUUUGUCUCCCUCAUCACAGUUCUCUGAGUCUCUCUGUCUGAGAACAUAAGCAAACCUUGUAGCAAUCGGAUCAAAAGAUAAACAUAUAUGUUAUACUAGCAUAGAUGAUCAACACAAAUUCAUGUCUCCGACGCAGGAGCACAUGUCGCUGACUUCUUCUCGGACAUCAA